AUGACAGGUCUCGAAGGUAUCUGGGCGGCAUCUGGGCUCGCUAGCCUUUUCAACACAGCAAUAGCGUCGUUUGACUACAUCCUUGUAGCGAAGCAAGCGGCUACGCGACCACAGUCAUUGCUGGUACAGCUUGACAGUGCUCAGCUGAGGCUGACGCGCUGGGGAGAGGCGGCCGGAAUCGCAGGCUGGGAAGUUAAAGAUGAAAAUUCAAUGAAAGAAUCCGGAUCGUUCCAGCUUAACGAAACCCAGGAAAAACAGACCAUUAAGACGUUUUUGGCGGUAUCAACCCUUUUCGAAGAGUGCCAGAAGCUUUGUCACGGGGAACGUAAGAAAGAUUCCAGCGCCAUCACGAACGAGAUUUCCCCAUUCGACCAAGGCAGCGGGAAUUGGAACCUCACGUACCGUUACCUGCACCGGCAAAUGCAGGGCACCGUCAACAGCCGUCGAAACAAGGUUUCAGUGGCGCAACGUGUCAAAUUCGCCUUUUACCAGAAAAAGCACCUCGAAGAUUUUAUCAAAGAUAUCAACUGUCACAUCGAUAACCUGUACACGAUAUAUGACCCACCCGCGGAAAACCUGGCGGAGCUCAGCAAGGUUGAGGUGAAGAAAAUCCUUGAAGCUGUGGAGGAGCUGCGCGUCGCCUCCAAAAAUGAUCCCAUCCUUAGAUUUGCCGUGGAGACCAUCCUUAAACAAGAGGCAAGUUAA